AUGCGGUAUAAAAAAUGGACCAGCGAUCACGCGAGACUUUGACAAGGCAGAUUGCUUAUCUGGAAAGGAAGCAAUACGAUAUCUACAACGAUUAUAGCCAUGCCCCCUCUUUGAACAAAUCAGUUGGUCCUUCACCCGGAUCCAACGGACUGUUAUUAUACCGUGGCGAUGAUCCAAUUGGCGAAUAUCCUCGAGUUGAGCCGGCCGAGCACAGUGCUUGCGUUGGAGACAAUUCUUGGCAGCAACAAAAGUCCGUUCCUAUUUUGGCCACCAAAUGCUCUGCUCUGCUGUUGGGCGCACGACAUGAUAUUCCUACUCCCUCUAUUGGCCAGCCGCCCAUCCAGCAUUGCUCCUACAAUUGCGGUACCCAAUCACGCUAAAUCCUAUUCUACUGUAUAUCCUAUUGUUUUUUUUUUUCUUUAAUUUCUUUCCUACCUCGGCAUAUACGGCAGUACCAAGGAAUUCGAAGCCGUCUUUCCCGGUCGGCUGGUCAGUUGUUUUUGUUCUUCGCGGACGACAAACAAAUAUUUGCUUGAUACGCCUAUUGAUAUCUCGAAUUUGCACCGUAUAAGCGCGGCGAUAGGUCCUCUCCACCCACAACACCGAGAGUCUGGCGAGAGCAGCGGGCGAUGAUGGAUCUAUAGACUCGACUUAGUGUUCGACAUUGGCCCACAAAGUCCAGCGCUCCCACACACUAUUGAAGGCAGCUUGCAUCGGAGAUGGAUACAGCUGAACGUUAUCUGCUCUCCCUACACAAUAAAGGAGCAUGAUGAUACCUAUACUAUAUCGCCCAU